AGUGUAGUGGCAGGCAGAGGGAACGAGGGAGGGGCUGACAAGGCUUGGCUGCCCCAAGAGCACACUCUCAAAGUGGGAUCAGAGACACUACAGAUAGAGACGUCGCCCUCUCUGGCCUCGCUCAUCGCUCACUGGACCUUAAAAAUUUUGGAUUCCUAACUGAGUUGCUAUCCUGCUCUGGAGUGAGAGCUAUCCUCCUCUUAGGUUCUCAUCAUAGCUGAUGUUGACUUUCAAAGGCUGAGACUUUGGCGUGGGACACUUCCUGACUGAUUGGGAUCUGGAUCUGAUUAGAACGUGGAUCCACUGGGCUUGAUGCGGCAGACAUGUAGCCAGAGCUGGAGAGCUGCGUGACCAGGGAAUUCUGGAAGUGAAUGAGGGCUUUAUGCAAAGGGUGGAAAGGGAGAUGCUUUUCCUGGAGCACCCGUGUGUGAUGAACCUGGAGCGCGGUGAGAGAGGGGAGCGUCCUUUACCCCGAGGCCCCGAGAUGGAAACUCGUACUGGGGGGAAGAUGGGGAAGAUAUCCGUGGGCUUCCAGAGGAGCUCCACCUCAGAUGAUGACUCCGGAUGUGCGUUGGAAGAGUAUGCGUGGGUGCCACCAGGACUCAGGCCUGAACAGGUCCAGAUGUAUUUCGCCUGCCUGCCAGAAGACAAGGUGCCAUACGUCAACAGUCCAGGAGAGAAGCACAGAAUCAGACAGCUCCUAUACCAGCUGCCGCCGCAUGACAAUGAGGUGCGUUACUGCCACUCUCUAACAGAGGAAGAAAAGAGGGAGCUCCACAUGUUUAGCACUCAGAGGAAGAGAGAGGCCCUGGGGAGAGGAACACCCAAAGUCCUACCCCGAGCUCUGCAACACACCCGCUGUGAAAAUUGCUGUGGAGACAUCAAGGGAGGCGAGAUGGCAAUUUUUGCAUCCAGAGCAGGACCGAACCCCUGCUGGCACCCGGCGUGCUUCGUGUGUGCCACAUGUCAAGAACUCUUGGUGGAUCUGAUCUAUUUCUACCAUAAUGGCAAGAUCCUGUGCGGCAGACACCACUCCGAGCUUCUAAAACCGCGAUGUUCUUCCUGUGAUGAGAUCAUCUUUGCAGAUGAGUGCACUGAAGCAGAGGGUCGUCAUUGGCACAUGAAGCACUUUGCCUGUUUUGAGUGUGGGACAAUGUUAGGAGGCCAGCGGUACAUCAUGAAGGAUGGAAGACCCUACUGCUGUGGGUGCUUUGAGUCGUUGUAUGCAGAGUACUGUGAAUCCUGCGGUGAAAACAUUGGUGUUGACCAUGCCCAGAUGACCUAUGAAGGUGUACACUGGCAUGCCACUGACCAGUGCUUCUGUUGUGCCCAGUGUAAGACAUCCUUGCUGGGUUGCCCAUUCCUGCCCAAGCAAGGUCGCAUCUAUUGCUCAAAGGCCUGCAGCCAGGGGGAAGACAUUCAUGCCUCAGACUCAUCUGAUUCUGCAUUCCAGUCUGCUCGUUCACGUGAAUCCCGGCGCAGUGUUCGCAUGGGGAAGAGCAGCAGGCCAGCUGAACAAUGGAGGCAGUCACAGCUUUUCAAUCCUCCUGCCACCGUCCCCUCGUUUGAGCACAAACAUGAAGAUGGUGAGGGUGAAGCAGACGCAGAUGGUGACAUUGAUAUUGUAGGGCGUAAGCUUGCUCAUUUCGGCCUGGAUGAGGAGAGGUUCUGGCGAGAGCGGGAGGAGCCGGAUGCAGGGGGAGAGGAGGAUCCAGAAGAGUGGGCCCAGCACGAAGACUAUAUGACUCAGCUUCUACUCAAGUUUGGUGACCGCGGGAUGAUACACCAACUUCAACAGCCAUCCCAAAAAUCUCCCAGUCCUUCUGGUGACACAAACAGGCUAAUAAGUGUGUCUGAUCCCUGGCUAAAGCCCGAUACUACAUCUAUGGGGAUUGCUUCUCCCACUCCUGCCAGUCCCACCCAGAGUCAUUCUUCUAGCCAAUCCCGAGCCAACAGCCUUAGCCCUGGACUGAUGAGCAAGAAGAACCUGCCUGAAAUGUAUUGGGCCCAAUCGCAGGACGGGCUGGGAGAUUCAGCCUAUGGGAGCCACCCAGGUCCUGCCAGUGCCAGAAAGAUCCAAGAAUUGGAGUUGGACCAAGAUCAGGACCAGUCUGGGGCAAGACAGGCCUUCUGGGCAGACAGCAGACAGUGGUAUGAAGACUCUUUGGAGUGUAUUGCUGAUGAGCUGAGGAAUGUUGAAAAGAGUGUUGGAGACUCCAUGGAUUCCCUGGCUCUGUCAAAUAUCACUGGUGCAUCAGUGGAUGGAGAUGGGAGGGACAGACCUUUAGUCUAUACCCUUCAUCCCAUGCAGAAUCCCUUGGUGGCAGAGGACUGUGAAAAGAUGAGCAACAUGGGAACGUUUAAUUCCUCUCAUCUUCAUCACAGUGCCAAUUCCCUCAACCUAAAACUGGACAAGGGAAAUGAAGAAGACGAGGAAGAAAUAGCACUAACAUUGAGGGGAGACACACAGGGUGGCAUUCACUCAUUGUCUCCACAUUCGGAAGACCUUCCUGCCACCUUUGUUCAUGCUCCAGCUCUGAGGAGAAGCAAGUCCCAAUCCCGGCCCCCUCAGAUGGUCAAGUUCUCAGAAGACACUGUGGAUAAUGGAUAUAAUGAUGGAUAUGACGUCAAUAUCAGAAAGCACCCCAUGAGUGAGAAGCCACACAGAAGGGCAUACUGCCCAGAUGAGAUGGGCAGAGAAAGAAUCCGCCCCACAAGCCACAUAGGGCGCAACAGGCAGCACCACCACCGGUCAGGCAGGCACCACAGGAGCCGCAAGACUCGGUCAGACAAUGCCCUUCACAUGGUGCCUUUGGAGAAGGCGCAGAGGCCGUAUGAGCCCCAACAGCAAGGUCUGGUCAAUCCGCCAUACAGUGCUAUGCUCAUGCAACAUCCUUCACACAGGUUGCCAGUGGCUUAUCCCCAAACUCGAUCUGACUAUAUGCUUGGGAGCUCAAUGCAUAAUGACCCACGGGUUGAGCACUUCAUGGGGCUCUACAGAGAUGAGGAUGACUCGUGCUCUACUUGCUCUUCCUCAUCAUCGGACUCUGAGGAGGAGGGCUAUUUUCUAGGUCAGCCAAUCCCUCAGCCCCGAUCUACUGUGCGUUACUAUGCAGAGGACUACCCAACAAGGGUCACGGCCCUUUCUUCCCAGAGCCAUGGCCCACAGACUGGUCGGCAGAAGAGUCAACGGUCCAAAAACUGUAUAAUUUCUUAAAAACACCAUAGAGUGUAUUUACUUUAGAGUCUGCACAAUGCCAAACAAUGUGGUCAAGAUUUUCAGUAUGUAUGGUGGUUUACACAGAUCAAAUCUGAGAUUAGAAUGGCAGCACUAACAUAUAGUGUAUGGCCAAAUUCAAAAUGCAUAUCGUAUUUCAGGCCUAUAUCUACUGAAACAAGAAGUCUUUAAUUUCAACUCUUAGGACCGCAAAAAAGAUGUGCAACAUAUAGUUUUUUUUUGUGUGUGUGCGUGUGUGUGUGUUCAAAGGUGCCCUCAGUACUGGGUCUUACUGAUUUUCAGCACUAAGAUAAUGCACGGACUGAUAAAGUUGAAAACCUUUUGCUUCAGAUUAUGUACAGCUGGCAGUGGAGAAGUUAAACUUUAAUUUCAGCUUUUGCUAUUCAGUUUUGCUUUUUAAAAAAAAAAUGUUUUAUGUUCAUUUAAUUUUUGCAGCAGUAUCUUUUCUGUAUUAAAGUGGCACAAAGGUUAAUAACGUAGAACAUAUAAACUAACCAAAUAAUUAUUUAAAACAUAAUACAAAAUUAAAAUGUACAUACUAAGUUAAAAUUUUAAUACUGGUAUUUUUUAUAUCCACGUUUAAAAUGGUUGUUUUGCUUGAAGUCUAUGAUUAAAAAAAAUGUUUUAAUAGUUAAAAGAACUCUUAAUAUGUUAUGAGAAACAACCAAGACAGUGCCACUUUCUUCAGUUACGUGCCAUGCUAUUCAGUAACAGUGCCACAUAUAUUCCACUAUUGGUGUACAAUUUCUAAAAUGACUGGCAGACCCACCAGUAUUUUCCAUAUUCAGCCCAGCUGUUCACUACCAUUGCUCUGAAAUAAUCAGCAAAAAUGCUUUGUGAUGUAAAAACGCUUGUAAUAAAUAUUUUUCUUCAAAGCUUCAAAA